CUGCUUCUGCCUUGAGACCAGAGGAGGGCAUAGAGGGACACGAACAGUUUCCACGAGCGCAUUUCAGGCUCCAUUUCCGAGUGAGGAGGGGAAAAAAAUCCACAUUUUUUCCAGCUGAGUCACGACUCCGUAAGAUCCGCACUGCGACGCUGUUUUUCCUCGGACACGAACAUCGCAGCUAAAUUAAAGCCAGAGCCCGAACCAGAGCGGAUGCAGAAUUUAAGCGCUAAAUUGUUUUACUGCAUUUCUCCCUGUAUGAAAUCUAAAGUAACUAUUUAAAAAUUGUGCAAGUAUGUCAGAUAAUGAUACAGGGACGAGCUUGUUAUCAAAGGACAAGCCAAGCGAAUGCAGCGAGAACCAGAACCCGGUCCCUACAGAUAAGGGAAUUGAUGCCGUUGGCAUUCUAUGGACUUUUGGGAAAUGCCUCACAGCUUUGUUGCCCGUUUACUUGGCUGGAUAUUACCGAGUGAGCAGCAGUCUGGUGGUGUUUGGACUCGCCCUCUACUCGGGAUGGAAACACACUCGGGCUGUCAAAGAGGCGAGGCUGAGGUCCGCCAUACAGCUAUUGAACGAAAAGAGUGAAUCAUCCAGUAGCGUGUACAGCAGCCAGAAAGACCUACCAGCUUGGGUCAAUUUCCCAGAUGUUGAGAAGGUUGAAUGGCUAAAUAAGGUAAUCCAUCAGGCAUGGCCAUUUAUUGGUCAGUAUCUGGAGAAAUUGCUAACAGAGAGUAUUGCUCCAUCCAUCCGCUCAUCCAGUGUACACCUGCAGACCCUCAACUUCACCAAGAUUGACUUUGGUGACAAGGCUAUGAAAGUUGUAGGAGUGAAGGCUCAUACAGAGAAUGAAAAAGGACAAGUGCUACUGGAUGUCUACAUCAGCUAUGUGGGAAAUGCAGAGAUAAAUGUGGAGGUGAAGAGGUAUUUCUGUAAAGCUGGAGUAAAAGGAAUACAGCUGAGAGGUAUGAUGAGAGUGAUUUUGGAGCCUUUGAUUGGCGAUGUGCCCAUUGUCGGAGCGAUCACUAUGUUCUUUAUCAGUAGGCCUAAUUUGGACAUCAACUGGACUGGUUUAACCAACCUUUUGGAUAUUCCAGGACUCAAUUUGAAGACAGACACUAUGAUAAUGGAUGCCAUUGCCUCCUUUCUGGUGCUACCUAACCGCCUCACCAUUCCAUUAGUGCCAGAUCUACCAGUGUCACAGCUUCGGUCCCCUUUGCCCAGGGGUGUGGUUCGCAUUCAUCUUUUGGAAGCUGAAAGUUUGGCUGCCAAAGAUAACUAUGUGAAGGGUCUGAUGUCAAGCAUGUCUGAUCCUUAUGCUUUGAUUAGAGUGGGCCCACAGUCCUUCAGGUCAAAACACAAAGACAACACAGACAAUCCAAAAUGGGGUGAGAUAUAUGAGGUAAUUGUUCAUGAGGUACCUGGCCAAGAGUUGGAGGUAGAAGUGUAUGACAAAGAUCCAGACAAGGAUGACUUUCUGGGCAGAGCAAAGUUGGAUUUGGGAAAAGUUAAGGAGGCUAAAAUUGUUGAUGAGUGGUUCACUUUGAAGGAUACUCCCACAGGGCGUGUUCACCUCAGACUGGAAUGGUUGAAAUUACAGGACACCACUGAUACCUUGGAACAGGUAAUGAAAAGGAAUAAAACCUUUCUGAGUAAUACAGCAGAUCCCCCCUCAUCAGCUAUCUUGACAGUGUAUUUGGACAAGGCAGAGGCACUUCCUAUGAAAAAAGGCAAUAAAGAUCCCAGUCCAGUGGUACAGCUUUCUGUGCAAGACAUAACCCGAGAAAGCAAAACCAGCUGGAACACAGUUAAUCCUGUUUGGGAAGAUGCCUUCACAUUCUUCAUCCAAGAUCCACACAAACAGGAAAUUGAUAUCCAGGUGAAAGAUAAUGACCGUGUACAGCCCCUUGGCAGCCUGUCUCUACCACUCUCUCGACUUCUAACUUGUCCUCAGCUCAGCCUUGAUCAGUGGUUUCAGCUUCAUAAUUCUGGACCAGCCAGCCGUAUUCACAUCAACACUAUACUCAGGGUGCUCUGGAUUGAUGAAAGUGCUUUAUCCUCCUCUCUUCUCUCGAGUGAUCCAGUUUCUGCAAGACCUCAACAUACCUCCACUGAUGACAGUUUUGCCACUGAGGGGGUGCUGCGUAUUCACCUGAUGGAGGGGAAAAAUUUGAUACCCAAGGACAACUUGAUGGGAGGCAUGGUGAAGGGGAAGAGUGAUCCCUAUGUCGUCAUUAAUAUUGGUGGAAGCACCUUUAAAAGUCUUGUGGUUAAGGAAAAUCUCAACCCCACCUGGAAUGAGAUGUUUGAGGUGGUUUUGACAGAUCUCCCUGGUCAAGACUUAACAUUAGAGGUAUUUGAUAAAGACAUGGACAUGAAAGAUGACUUCAUGGGCAGAUUAAAGAUUAAACUAAGUGACAUUAUUAAAACCAAACAUAUGGAUGAGUGGUUUACUCUGAGUGAUGUAAAACAUGGCCAUGUUCAUCUGGCUCUGGAGUGGCUGAACAGAGAAACAAAGGCAGAUAAACUGGAACAGGUGUUGCAUUACCGGUCUAAGAGCUCGUAUAUGAACAAGGCAUUACCUUCUGUGGCCCUGUUGUUUGUAUAUUUGGAGGCUGCCCAUGAUGUCCCUUUAAAGAAGAGUGGCAAAGAGCCUAAGGUUGGUGCUGAACUUGUUCUUGGAGGGACCACACACAAAACAACGGUAUGUGACCGUACCAGCUCACCACAGUGGAAUGAGGCCUUUCAUUUUCUGGUUCAUGACCCCAAGAAGGAGGAACUUAUUUUGAAGUUGACACAUUGCUGGGAUUUCCCACUUGGCUCUGUGGUGAUUCCUGUUAGAGAUCUCCUCUCCCAGUCAAAUUUGCUGCUGGACCAAUGGCUUAAUUUGGAUGGAGCUUCACCUCAGAGUCAGAUCCUACUGAGGGCACAGCUUAAGAUCCUGUGCCCGAAAGUGACAGAGGGCUCCACAGAGGACAAAAAUACUUCUGAAACGAAGACCUUUGCAGAUGAGGGCAAACAGCAGAAAGAGCUGGUUCAAAAGUCAAGUGAGCUGUUAGAUCCAAUCACUAUAACCUCUUCUGUAACUGCUCCUGGUAAGAAUGGAAAGGAAACAGAGGAUAAGAAAGAGAAGGAGAGUGAAAAACCUACAGAGGACAUUUCCUUUAUUGAUCAGAAUCCACAUACCAGCCCACAUCCCAGCUUUGGAACUGAGGGUGUACUGCGUAUCCACCUACUGGAAGCUCAGAAUUUGAUUGCGAAAGACAACCUUAUGGGUGGCAUGGUGAAGGGGAAAAGCGAUCCCUAUGUUAAGAUCAACAUUGGAAGCAACAUAUUUAAAAGUCAUGUCAUUAAGGAGAAUCGAGAUCCCUCCUGGAAUGAAAUGUAUGAGCUGGUUUUGGCCCCGGAGACAGCUUCAGAAGUCUUUAUAGAUGUGUUUGAUAAGGACAUUGAUAAAGAUGAUUUUCUAGGAAGGGUCAACAUCAACUUGUGUGAUAUCAUUCAAGCUCAAUACAUUGACCAGUGGUUUACUCUGGAUGAUGUUAAACAUGGAAGCCUUCAUCUAGUUCUGGAGUGGCUUCCCACAGUGACAGAGCCAGAUAAACUACAACAGGCAUUGCAGUUACAGUCCAUCUCCUAUGAGAAUAAAGCCUCACCCUCUGCGGCAUUGCUGUUUGUUCUAAUUGAGAAAGCUCACGCACUGCCGAUGGUGAAGGGUGGGAAGGAGCCUAAAGCUGGAGCAGAGAUUGUAGUCAGUGGAAUCUCUAAAAAAACCAAGUUGUGCGAUCGAUCUACAUCUCCUCAUUGGGGUGAGGUUUUCCACUUCCUGAUUCAUAAUCCUCGAGAAGACAUUCUUAUUAUUAAGCUCUCCAGUGGGUGGGAUCAACCACUGGGUUCCCUGGUACUUCCAGUUAAAGAGCUUCUGUCAAAGAAAGAGCUGCUGCUGGACCAGUGGCAAAAUCUGGAUGGGGCAUCUCCUGAAAGUCAAAUCCUACUCAGAGCACAGCUCAAGAUUUUGGCAUCAAAGAUGGAGAAAAAAGUACCUACAGAAAAACGUCCUGAAAAGUCUAUUGAAAUGACUGUUGAAAAUCCAGUGAAAAAACCUAUUGGAAAAACUGAAAAGUCUGAAGACCCUGCAGAAAAGUCAAUGGGUGCAAGCAGUACUUCUGGUGGGCAAAGCGGAGGGAAAACACCAAUCAGUGCUGAGCAGUUGUUGCCAACAGCAAGUAAAGAGAUCAAACAAGACACCAAGCCAACACCAAGGCUUAAUGAACUAGUGGCUUUUACAGUACCAGUAGCUGUAUCACUUUCUGAAGACACACAAAAAGUACCAGCAUCAGAUAUCAGUCAUGACACAGGACCUGAGGCAAAGGAAUUGAGUAAAGCAUCCACAGUUGGUGGAGCCAGUAAGCCUGUGAAACCAAUCACAGUAAAGGAGACAGCAAGCACAGCCAAUGAUGAGCAAAACUUGGACAAAACAGCUGAUAAUGCUCAUGAAAAGGUUCAUCCGAUUGUUCCUGCUGCUAAAGCAAAUACAGAAAUAACCCAUGUGCUACCGCAACAUACAAGUUCUUACCCUGGAUUUGGCAACCAGGGGGUGCUUCGUAUUCACCUUUUGGAGGCUCAGAAUUUAGUUGCUAUGGACAGUAUGAUGGGUGGUAUGGUGAAGGGAAAAAGUGACCCCUAUGUGAAAAUCACUGUUGGGACUACAACCUUUAAAAGUCAUGUGAUCAAAGAGAGCCUCAACCCCACCUGGAAUGAGAUGUAUGAGAUGAUUCUGACUCCUGACCCCAGUCUAGAAAUUAAGUUUGAACUUUAUGACAAAGAUAUUGACUCUGAUGACUUCCUUGGAAGGUUCAAAAUUAAGCUUGGAGAUAUUAUUAAAUGCCAGUACAAUGAUGAGUGGUUUUCUCUAAAUGACAUUAAACAUGGCCGUCUUCAUCUGGUUCUUGAAUGGCUGCCCAUGGUAACACAAUCAGACAAACUACAGCAGGUGCUACAGAUGCAAAGUUCCCAGUCAAGCCAGAAUAAAGCUGUUCCUUCAGCUGCCCUACUGUUUGUCCUUAUUGAGAGAGCACAUGCACUGCCUCUGAAGAAGAGUGGGAAGGAACCAAAAGUUGGGGCUGAGCUUGUGCUUGAGGGAACGACUUACAAAACAAAGGUGUGUGAGCGCUCAAUAUCUCCUCAGUGGCAUGAAGCAUUUCAAUUCCUGGUUCAAGACCCCAACAAAGACAUGCUUGUUAUUAAACUCUCUAGUGCAUGGGAUCAGCCAAUGGGUUCUCUGAUUCUACCAAUGAAGGAGCUUCUUUCCCAGCAAGAACUGAUGUUGGACAAAUGGCUGAGCUUAGAUGGAGCUUUAGCUGAAAGUCAGAUCCUGUUGAGAGCAGAACUUAAGAUCCUGAACUCUAAGAUGGCAGCACUUUUGGCACUUGGUGCUGGUCCUGUAUUAAGCAAUAAGCAGAUGGCCACCACUGGACAGAUCAGGAUUUCUCUUUCCUAUCAGAAGAAACUUACUGUGAUUAUUCAUGGAUGCAGAGGCUUGGUGACAUCAUCAAAAGAAGGUUUAGACACUUAUGUCUCUUUGAUUUUGCUGCCUGAUAAAAGCAAAGCCACAAAGAGAAAGACUGCUGUAAAGAAAAAAGACUUGAACCCUGAGUUUAAUGAGAGGUUUGAGUUUGACCUGAGUGUCGAGGAUGCUCGGCAACGAGUGCUCAGUGUCUGUGUAAAGCACAGCUCAUCCUUCAUGAGUCGAGACAAAGACAUCAUUGGUCAGGCAGAAAUUGAUCUGGCACAAAUUGACUUUCUCUCAAGUGUUACAGAAUGGUUUGACUUAAAAGAUCACAACUAGCCGGAGUGUCUAAAUCUUGAGACCUUCCCUCAAAGAGACUACAACCAUUCAUCAAUACAACUUUCUACACAGAUGCCAUGCUGUAUAUUUUUUUUUUUAUUUUCCCCUCUUUUGUACUUUAGAGCACUAGACAUGCUGAAAUUGAAUAAUGAAAGAUGGACUCAAUAUUACUUAUGGACAGAGUUUUGUUAAAGUUUUUCUAAGUUUGACAAGAUAUAAGUGGGUUUCAAGGAAAUGUAAUAUAGCUACAUCUAUAUUUUAUUAUUAUUAUUAUUAUUAUUAUUAUUAUUAUUAUUAUUAUUAUUAUUAUUAUUAUUAUUUACAAUUGCCAAUAUCUACUUAUGCAAUUGCCCAGGGAUGCAAAUUAAAAAUAUAUUGUGUUUGAUUAUGCAAUGAUGAUAUUUAUGGCAUCAGACAUUGGAAUAGCCUUUGUUCUAGUCUGUUUCUUGGCCAGAUAUUACCAGACAUCACUGUGUUUUUACAAUUCUAAUGAUUGUAUCAGCUACUGUUAUUAGCACAGAACAAAGUUUAAGUUUUAAAAAGAGAUGACAGAAUAAUUUGGUGUGUGUAUCAAAUUAUACAUUUUUUUAUUUACAAUAACUUUGCUUGUGACCUUCACAUUGAUCUAAAAACCUUUUCUGUACUGUAUAUCCAGUAUUAUUGAGGUUGCCGCUGCGGUGUGGUACCUUUGCCUUUAAUGAAAUUAUGAAUUUAUGUCACCCAUGCAAAAAUCUAAAAAUCUUUUUCAAUGGCCUUCUUGAUAAAAAAUACAAAAAAUGAAAGUGUAAGCCUGACCAACACCAGGGCUGCAUUCCAGUACAGUUACUGUUUCUCUAAAGUUUUUGACAAUCACUAUUUGACUUCCCCCUGCCAACUUCAGAAUUUUACUAGCUAAGUGAAUUCAAAAUUUAUUUUGAAGUUCUGAAGUUUGUGGAUGGAACUGUUAUAAGUGUAUUAAUGUGCUAAUGUUCUACAUGGUAGUGUUAGUUCGUUCUGCCUGAAGUUACCAAGAUCAGUAUGACACAAUCUAUUUAGCUAGUUUAGCUAACAGUUCAGUAAAUUGAUUGUGAAAAUUGCCAAGUACAUUUCUGUGUUCAUGAGUAGGGGGGUUUAAAUGUGUCCCUUGUGCUGCAUAUGCCAACUCCUGCAUUAUAAACUCGCCACCCAAUUACUUCACUAGGAACACCCACACAACUUGCAGUAUAACCAUCAGCCAGUCCUGUGGCAGCAGCAUAAUGCAUAAUUUCAUGCCUAUAGCUUCAGUUUAUGUCCACAUUUCACAACAGAAUAGUGAAAAUAAACCUGUGUCAUGGUGCUGGGUGAGUUUUUUAUAAACUCCUGCUCCUCUGGGAUGUUCACAUCUGCCAUCUGAGGCCAUCAUGGGCACAUGGGUUUUUCCAGUCUUUUUUUUUUUUUAGUUUUCCGCACCAUUCUAUAUGAACUGUAGAGAAUGUAGCAUGUGAUUAAUACAAUGCAAUUGCAGAUUAAGAAAUAAUCAAAAACUCUGGCACCAGCAACCAUGCAACAGUUAAAAAUCACCUUUUCUCAUUUUAAUGUUUGAUAUGAACAUUAAUUGAAGGUCUUAACCUGUAUCUGUAUGUUUUAGGUUCUGUGCUGCCAUGUGACUGGCUGACUAUGUAACUGCAUGAACAUGCAGGUGUACACUUGUUGUUAAGUGCCUGGUGAAUGUAGUUCAAAGAGUUGUGAGAGGAAAAUGAAAACCAUCUUUCCAAUACAGAGUUUCAAGACUGUGCUGACAGAUUUAAUGUGCAAAAAUGGCCUUAAGAAAAAUGUAACACACAGUCUGCACUUCCAAAAUUUCAUGGGGGUUUCUCCAAAGCACUGCAGUAGUAAUAUCAUGUGGAGGGCUUUUAGUCAUUAGAAUGCAUGUUUCUGCUCAACCUUGAAUGGCCUUACAUGUAUGUGCUACGAACUGCAUACCACUUUUUGCCUUUUAUUAUUUUGCUUAUUAUAUGAGUUAAGAACUUUGUAUGUUUGUUAAAAUAAACCGAGUCAUUUUGUCACUUCAAAAUUUAGAAGUGUGCUGAACAUUUUAAACUUUAAUGUUAUUGUGACCCACCUGAAAUUGUAUUUUGCAUUUCCCUCAUUAAAUGUACUUUUUCUGAGAUCCUAACAAACUAUAAAUACAAAAAAAUUCCUCUCAGAAGUUUUAUAAAGAGGUUUUGAGGAGAAACAAUUGGGAGACUUCUUAGUGAUCCAGUUCUUUGUGAAUGUGGCAUUUAUCAAAAGUUAUAUAUUUUUUGCCUACUGUGUUUUAUUUUAUUUUUCAUUCUAUGAUGCAAAACCUGCUUGAAUGUAACUGCUGCAUAGAUGUAGAUGAAAAAACAAAAUACCAAAGAAUGAAGCAAACAGUAACCAAUAGACUGCAUUUUUCACAGCUAUGCACAGCUAUGCUGGUAAACACUUGAGCUUGAAUAUUUCCACAUUAAAAUGCCAAUAAAGUGCACACUUAUCCACCA